AUUUUGUUUCAGCUCUGUGAAAAGCAUUUCUUGCCAUCGGAUUACUUGAAGACGACAUCUUACACAGACGUCAAGACAGGAAAAGUUGUCGAAGUCACCCUGAAGAACAGUCGUCUGAAGCAAACUGCAGUGCCGAGCUUGUUUCCCAACUGCCCUGCCUACUUAUCGCGUCCGCAACCAUGCGUUCGGGAAGCACCGGAUGUGAAAAGAGCGCGAUUGGAAGCCGCUUGUUUGCACAAUGCAAUAAUGCUUUCGCUGCAAACGCAAGCAGAAGAGGAAACCAAAAAUAAGCUCAGUAGUUUUGCGGACUUGCUCAACGCCUUGCCAGGAUUUGAGCAUUCAGACUUCUGGACGGUAAUCCACAAGGACUCCAAGGUUUACUUUUUGGACUUGGCUCUCCAUUCUGCUCCAACCAUCCGCACUUCGGUGAUUGUGUCUACUGACCUUCGCAUUGAAGUAUUUUUUGGUGAAACGGUCGUGAGAAAUUGUGGUGAUGUGCUAGUUCCUGAAAAGAUAUGUGACUUAAGAGAUUUGAAGAGAGUGCUAGAGAUCAUCGAACAGACUCGCAAGGAUAUCAGCGCGGCGCCUUCUGAGAAAGCCCGUCAUCUACUGAGAUUGGUGUCGACGUUACUAGAGCAAGUAAGCGGCGAACAUUUUGCAUGCGAGUUGCGAGAAUGGCAUUUGGAGGUGCUGAAAUUCUUGAAGAGUCAAGUUGAUCUCGUUUUGAAUAAUGCCAGCCGGUAUCCCCCAGAUUUGUUGGUUUUUUCUAGCCUUUUGUUCACCAUUUCCCCUCAUGCAUACAGAUUCUUGAGAAAUUCGAUGAAGCUUAAGAUGCCGCAUCCUGAUACUAUCAGGAGACUGUGUUCAUCGUGUGAUAUUAACCCCGUAAAGGAGCAGCAAGAAGCUAGCUUUCUUUCUUAUGCCAAGCGGAUUGUAAGCACACUUAAAGAGCAUGAAAAGACUGUGACAUUAAUGCUUGAUGAGGUUCAUCUGCAGUCUUUUUUCGAUUACAAGGCUGGCUUUGUAACUGGCGCUGCGGCAAAUUCAUCAACUGCGGCAAAGACUGCCCACGUAUUUAUGAUACAGAGCCUUCUUUCUUCAAACAAGGAUGUUGUACACAUUCUUCCCGUGGCGCACAUUGAUGCUAAGGCACUACAUGACUUCCUUCGGAAGCUUAUUCUUGAUCUCGAGGCAUCUGGUUUUAGAAUAAUCGCAGUGAUCUCAGACAAUAACUCCAUAAACAGAAAAGCUAUGUCCUUCUUCGCUAAGCCCGCAAGUGUCAGCAUUGUUUACCAGCAUCCUGCUGACUCAUCGCGACCCCUGUUUUUCGUGGUGGACCCAGUUCACAUACUAAAGUGUAUAAGAAAUAACUGGCUCAAUCAACGAAACAUUGGAAAAUGCAUGUACUUUCCUGAACCAAAAAGUAAUGAGGCUGAACCAAAGAUACUUACAGCAUCUUUCAAGGUAUUGUGCGAGUUGCACGAAGCUGAAAAGCAUGAGCUCUUGAAGUUAGCGCCAACUCUCACUUUGAAAGCGCUGAACCCCUCCAACAUGGAACGACAGGACGUUAAGCUUGCACUAAAGGUUUUUAACUCAUCUACUGUUGCUGCUCUCAGUACCGCAACGUUCCAGCAUGCUAAGGAAACAUCUGAGUACAUUGACACCAUAUUGACUUGGUGGAACAUUGUUAACGUAAAGACGCCAAGAAAAGGACAGCGGUUGCGAGAUCAUUUGCAAGGACCAAUAGUAUCAUCGUUGUGUCCGCAGCUCGAGUUCCUGCAAAAAAUAGUUGAGUGGCUUGAUCACUGGGAAAGCCUCAGACAUGACAAUGGCCGCCUUACACGUGAAACGCACGCAGCUUUCAGCCACACUACCCACGCCUUGCACGAACUAGCCAUAUACUGCCUGGAAGAGCUUCAUUUUGAGUACGUUCUUUUGGGCAAAUUUCAAACUGACUGCUUGGAGGAUCGCUUCGGAAAGUAUCGGCAACUGUCGGGUGCGAAUUACCAUGUGUCAAUAAGGCAGAUAUAUGAAUCUGAAAACAAACUGCGUUUGCAGAAGGUUUUGGACCUGCCAGAUUUAGACAUGCUACCAGCUCCGAGUGCGAAUACAUGGAGGACAGGUGUGCCGUCUGCGCACGGCCAGUUUGACGUCGCUGUGACUGAUUCUGACAUUCAGAAAAAAGCGUCAAGGCUUCCUGCAGUAACAUACGUUGCCGGCUAUUGUGCCCAUGCAGCUUUAAAGAAAUUGGCAUGCGGAUCUUGCAGGGAAAACCUUGUGAUGCAAGACGUCGACCUAGAUGAUGCUGAGAAUGCAUUAAUCACGAAGAUGUCGAGGGGUGGGCUGAAGUUUCCACGAGCAGUUGUAGUUAACGCUGUGCUGUUUACUGAAAUUAUAUUAGACAAGCUCAGGGCACCAGAAUACUCUGCGCGAUUUCUCAGCCUUCCUAUGCAGAAAGACACUCUUGUCAGCCUUGUGUUCUCUGCCCUUGCAGACUAUGAGGACCUAGAUGUGUGUGAUUCUGGUCAUUCUGCACAGGAAGUAAUGGAGCAUGUUGUCAGUGCUGCAGCGAAUACACUGCUGAACAACUUGUGCCGCACAGAAAACGACAAAUUACGUAAUGCCAAGAAUGAGCGAAAGCUAAAGACCUUGAAGACCUGAGAGCUGUUUCUCGUUCCUUAUGUUUUAUUCAUGAUGCUCUGUUUUUUGGAAGAUAUUUGUAUGCUUUUGUUGACAGAACCCUUGUAAAAAUUGUGUGCCGUAGCUAGGCUUCACUUGCGCACAACAUCAUCAUAUAAACGAUGCAUUUUGUCCAUUCUAAAUACUAUCGUUGAAGCGCAUUGUGAUAGUUGUUUAUCAUUGCAGCUCUCCAUGUUACCGCAUUUCACCAUUGUGUACUUUAAUUUUGCACUGAGGGGAGAAAUUUUGUUUUUGGCUGGGUCUUCGCCAUUAUCUCAACAUUUUAUGAAGACCAAAGUGACCAGCAAACAGGGCGGGUGGAAAUAAAAAAAAACACGAUCAGAGAUUGUACAAGAAGGCUGAAGCUCGUUUUGUGCGAAUCAUUUGUGCAUGGCGCUAUUAUGAUAAAAUGUACACCAAUAAAAUGAACCUUGAUAUUCUUGUGUCUAGCCCUGUUUUACAAAAUGCGAAAAUGCACAUGAUCAAUGCAAAUACACGCUUUAAACUGUUUCUUGAAGAAUUGAGUUUUUUUAUAAUUUGUCAUUAAAGUAUACUA